CCUCGUCGCCCACACUCUGCACUCGCCAUGACCUCCCACGAAAACGACCCGUUCUACCUGAGAUACUACACAGGACAUUCGGGCAAGCACGGCCACGAGUUCUUGGAGUUUGAGUACUCCCACGGACGUCUGCGGUAUGCGAACAACUCGAACUACCGGAACGACAGUUUGAUCCGCAAAGAGAUGUGGGUCGGCCCUCUGGUCGUGAAGGAGCUCAAGCGGAUCAUUGAGUCGAGCGAGAUCACCAAGGAAGACGACACCAACUGGCCCAAGAAGAAUAUCGUCGGCAAGCAGGAGCUCGAGAUUCGCGUCGGAAACGACCACAUCGCGUUCGAGACCGCAAAAAUCGGCUCGUUGGUCGAUAUCCAGGACAGCGAGGACCCCGAGGGCCUGCGCGUCUUCUACUACCUGGUGCAGGACUUGAAGUGCUUGAUCUUCUCGCUCAUCUCGCUCCACUUCAAGAUCAAGCCCAUCUAAAUACUUCGCUUAACAUCGGUUCGUCUGCUUCGCAAGCGGGUCGGAAGAAGGCCCCAUUCGUGCUUCCGGUGUAUAGUGUAAUUGGACUGUGAAUGAUACUUCGUAUUUGUGC